GCGAAAUGUACAAGUACAAAAUAUAUGAAAAGUAAUCUUCUAUUUAGAAAAUUCCUGCCUCGGCACAUAGCUCCCUCCACGAAGGGCAACUGGCUAAUGGCACUUCGGCCUCCUCCAACUUGUUAAACCUGCUAACAAGGUGGGUAGAAUCGAACACUAUGACCUAAAAUGUAUGCUGCGUCCUGCAGAGCACGGACAUUCAUACAGUUGCUACACGUUUCUCACAGUGCAUAAAGAGAGGCGAAUUCGGCCAAUAAAAACAUCUCGGCAAGCGAAUGAGGGGAGAAAACAAAGCGAAGGAGCGGCCAAAAGAGACACAAAAAAACUAAUAGUUGAAUGGUUCGGUUGUGUGGGUGGAUGUUCGGGUGUUUUGGAUUUGAAAAUUUUCGAAAAUUGUGCGCGUUAAAUAGAAAAAGCAGACUAAAUACAAAAUAGUAUAAUUAAUAAAACUAAGCGAUAUUGUUGUUUUAUGUUGUCGCCAAUUGACGAGAUUUUGAAUAUUCGAAAAUUUUGUAAUAAAGUAAUAGCAGAAAAGUGUUUAAAUAGUGCAUUAAUAAUUUACAAUUGUUUAUUUUAUUUGUUAUUGAUUGGCUUGUCGGUUUCCAUUCACCAGUUACAUCAACAUUACAUCGGGCGCUUAUAAUUUUUAUAUUGAUUUUAUUCAAUUAGGAUUAAAUGCAAUUUGUUAUAAACAAAAAGGAAUGGAAUUAACAUUCCUUAAUUGCCAAAUUUAAAAAAGAACUGUUUGUUUGACAACUUGUAAUUAAGCAAAACGAACAAGUGAAGUGAAGUGCGAGUGGAGGCGAAAGGACUCUUGGCAUAAGGAUAAAGAUUAAGAUGUAGAACGAAUUUCAUUAGAAGAUUCCAAGUAGGAUCACCUAAAGAUAGCCGUUCCCGACCAAUCGAUCAGUUGCUGAAGGAGAAGAAGUUGCCUCUGGGUCUUGGGUUGGGAUGUCUUUCAAAUUAUUUCGACGCGGUUCGGCCCGCUGUAUUGGCCUGCUGUCGGCAUUUGUGACCAUCCUAUUGUGCCUGUAUUAUAUCUCAAUUGGACAGCCCAAUCCAGCGCCUGCUACGGAAGUGGGUUCAGCCACUGCAGCUGGUCGUGUUCAAUUGCCUAAUAGUCAAUUUGGUGGCUUUGGCGUUGUGGGUGGCGUCGCUGCCACUCGUCAGCAGCAAGCCCAUAAGCAACAGCAGCAGCAGCACCUGUCAACAUUUGCCAACCAGAAGAGAUUGUCCGAGUUACCCACGGCCAAGCAACAGGAACAGAGUAUCCAAAACGAGCAGGAACAGGAUAAUCCCGACUGGGGUGAUAAAUGUUAUGUUCUCCUGCAAAGCAAUACGAAUAUUACGGCCACGGAGGAGCAUAGCAAAUUUGAUUUCCAGCCAGAAUGGAUGCGCUCCAAAGAGUAUUGGGAUCGAGGAUUUGAGGAGCGAUUCGAGAACCAGAAGAAAGAGAAACAGCGACCACCGUUGAAGGUUAUCGUGGUGCCACAUUCUCACAACGAUCCCGGGUGGUUGAAGACAUUUACGAAUUACUUUCAAUCGGACUCGCGACAGAUUCUCAAUUUGUUGGUCACCAAAAUGCAGGAAUACAAGGACAUGACAUUCAUAUGGUCGGAGAUUAGUUUUCUGCAAUUGUGGUGGGAUCAGGCCCAUCCGACCAAACAGCGAGCGUUGAAGCGUUUGAUUAACUCCGGACGAAUCGAAAUCACUACGGGCGGUUGGGUGAUGACGGAUGAGGCCAAUGUACACAUCUAUCCAAUGUUGGAUCAACUAAUCGAAGGACAUCAAUGGCUAAAGAAUAACUUGAAUGUUACACCAAAAGUGGGCUGGUCGAUUGAUCCAUUCGGUCAUGGCAGUACAGUGCCGUAUCUGCUUUCCGGUUCGAAUUUCGAGGGAACCAUCAUUCAGAGGAUACACUAUGCGUGGAAACAGUGGUUUGCCCGGCAGGAGAGCGGUGAUUUUAUCUGGACACCAUACUGGCGUACUCAAAAGGGUCACAUGCUGACCCACAAUAUGCCCUUCGAUAUCUACUCUAUCAAGGGCUCAUGUGGUCCGCAUCCGUUUAUAUGUCUGAAUUUUGAUUUUCGUAAAAUUCCCGGCGAAUACACGGAAUAUUCGGUGAAAGCUCAGUUCAUCACCGACGAAAAUAUCGAAGAGAAGGCUCAGCUUUUGCUAGAGCAAUAUGCUCGCACUGCUUCCCUCUUUCCACAUAACGUGGCUCUGAUUCCCGUGGGUGAUGACUUCCGCUACAACAAAGAACGCGAGGUGGAUCAGCAAUAUACGAACUACAAGAAGUUAAUCGAUCACAUUAUGAACAACAAGCGAUUAUACAAUGUGGACAUUAAAUUUGGUACACCAAGUGACUAUUUUAAGGCCAUACGGGAGCGCAUGAAGGAGAGAUCUCUUAGUUUUCCCUCGUUCAAGGGAGAUUUCUUUGUCUACUCGGAUAUUUUCUCCGAGGGAAGACCAGCUUAUUGGUCGGGUUACUUCACCACACGUCCAUUUUAUAAGCUUCUAAGCUCGGAAUUGGAACACAAUCUUCGCGCCGCUGAAAUUCUAUUCACCUUGGCCUAUAAUACAGCCCGCCAGGGUAGACAUGAGAAUUCCAUCAAGAUAUACGAGAAGAAUUACGAGCACAUUAUCGUGGCUCGACGUAAUUUGGGUCUCUUUCAGCAUCACGAUGCCAUCACGGGCACGUCGAAGGCCUCCGUAAUGCGUGACUAUGCCAUGCGACUGUUUGAGAGUAUUCAGAGUAUGGUAAAGAUGCAGCAAUCCUGCUUGGAAUUGCUUCUACAGAAAGAUCCGCCUCAUCAGCAUGGUUUUUUGCUUAGCGAAUUUGAGCGCGAUAAUUUCAAUUGGAUGCCUCGCAAGAUGUCCAUUCAGAUGGUAACUGCGGGUGAUGAAUCAACUAAUCCAUCAUCUGCCGGAAACGGAGCUGGAGAGCCAGUUGGCACCUUUGUCAUCUACAAUUCUCUGGCCCAAAAGCGUAUGGAAAUUAUCACACUUCGAGUUCCGCAGCCCAAUGUGAAAAUUCUCAACGAUUUGGGUGAGGAAAUGAAGCACAUACAAAUCAAUCCAGUAUGGAAUAUCACCGAGGAAGGCUAUAAUAUGGGCUUUGGAGGUACUACAGGAACAGCUGGAAGUAUCCGAAUCUCGACACGACGCUACGAGGUGAUGUUUGUGACCGAACUGGAGCCUCUAUCCCUAACCACUUUCCGUGUCCAUCCUGAUGAGGUUAACUAUAAGCGAAGCAUUGCAACAGUUUACUGUGAUGACUGCACGGAGACGAAUACAGGUUCAGGAUCGACUUCUACUCCUGAACGUCCUGUCACGGCAAAUGUCACUGCCUUGCCAGAUUUUGAAACGCGAGCCAAACCAGGUGGUGACAUACAACUGGAGAAUCCGCAUAUGCGGCUUCUAUUCGAUGAGAAAAGCGGUUUCCUCAAGACCAUCACGAGAAAGAAUCAAAAGAAACAAUUGCUCAAGCCAUUGCAAUGCAAUAUUAAAUUUGCCGCCUAUCGCAGUGCCCAAUUUCAUUCCGGUGCAUAUCUAUUCAAGACGGAUCCCGAACAGAGCGAGGCCGAGAAAGAUGUCCUUGAACAGUAUACAGAUGUGAGAAUAAUCAUCACCUCUGGACCCAUUGCCAGCGAUGUCACAGUGAUCUAUGGUCCAUUCCUGGCCCAUACGGUGCGCAUUUUCAAUACCCGCACCCAUCUAGAUACAGGAAUUUAUAUUGAGAACGACAUUGACUUUGAACCGCCACCCAAGAAUCGUGAGACAGAGUUGUUUAUGCGUCUAGUUACGAACAUCGACAAUAUUGCUGCAACGCCACAGCAACGAGAUGUAUUGAAAGAGGCUGCCGAAGCUGGCACAAUGCCGGAGCUACCUGUUUUCUAUAGUGAUCAGAAUGGCUUCCAAUAUCAUGAACGCAUUAAAGUACCCGCCAUUGGAAUUGAGGGCAACUAUUUCCCCAUAACAUCUGGAGCCUUUAUGCAGGAUUCUCAUCUGCGUCUUACCCUGCUGACCACCCAUGCUCAGGGUGCAGCCAGUUAUGAGCCUGGCCAACUGGAGGUCAUGUUAGAUCGACGCACACUCUACGACGAUUAUCGUGGCAUGGGCGAAGGUGUUGUGGAUAGUCAUCUGACCCGGCACAAGUUCUGGCUACUGGUGGAGGACAUGCCGGCGGGACAGCAUGAGGUUAAGCCACCAAACUACAAAAUUCCCAGUUUACAAGCUCAGCAUUUGGCCAAUGGCUUGCGUUACCCGCCGAAUAUCUACUUCAUUAGCAAUUACGAACAGCCGCAGGCGGCAUUGCACAGCCGGGUGCGCCUUUUGCCACAGGGACAACUGCCCUGCGAUGUUCAUCUUACCACCCUACGAACUCUGUCCGAUCCAGAGUUGCAACUAUUUCCGUCCGCUUCGGCUCUGCUGGUCUUGCAUCGCCAGGGAUUCGACUGUAGUGUGAGUGCCGGACACGAAUCGGACCUCUCCACUCUUUGUCCCUUGUCGGCCAAAGGACUGGGCGCCGUCCAAUUGGGCCAACUGCGUUUGGAAAGCAUUGAAGCUACGAGUUUGACGGGACUACAAGCAGUGCCAGAUAAAUCCAAGUCCAAGCUUCGCCUUAAGUCCCUCAGUCAGAUCAGUUUGGAGCCCAUGGAAUUGCGCACUUUUAAUCUCACGUUUCGCGGCGAAUUGUAAAGCGAUUCUAUGACAAACGCCCGACAAACCAAACCCCAUCGAAUUUUGUUCGAAUUUUGUUUUAAGUGGAAUAUUUAUUGUAUUUAUUUUGAGCUUUUUCUUUUAGUUUUGUAAGCGCAAAGUGCAAAGUGAAUUUUCUUAGCUUUACUUAGUUGCUCGUUUCCGUUUCUAUCUCAAUUAGUUACAUAUAUUAAGUACAAACACAUAUGCUAGCAGACAGCAAACACGACUUAAUGCAAUAGCCAUUCCAUCCCAUGUUUAGCCAAUUUCUCCGCCACACCCACAUCCAGACACACCCCAACACACACCAACACACACUUUGUACAAUUAUUUCCUCUGACAUCCCACGGAAACUAGACGAUUAUACAAAUACCUUAUAUGAUAUGCAAAUAUUUAGAACUAAAGUAAUAUCCUUAGCUUGUUUUUUGUUCUUUUUUUAUUUAAUUAGCAUGCAAAUAUUUAGACGCAAAUAUUUAGCCAGCAAAUUAGAUCAAUUUACCUUUGUUUUCGAAUAUUUUUUAGACUGAUUAGCCUAAAACGUUUUUGCAAAAAUUAUAUUAUAGUUUUCUUUUUCGAGCGGUUUUGCGAACCAAAAUCGUUUAUAUAAAUUUAUAUUUAUUCUCGUUCAUAACCAAUCUCAAAAAGUAUGUAGUAUAAGUUUAGGAGAAAAACAAAAACAGAUAGCAAAAAUAAAAAAAGGUUAAGCCAAAAAUUUAUAUGUUUCAUAGCAAAUACAUACUGUAAAUAGUUAAUCUCAAAACAGCACGGUAAAUUAUAGCUCUAAUAUAUAAAUAUGUAAUUCACCUUAAUGUUAAGGCAUAAAAUUCUAGUGCUCUACCUUUUACAUAUACAUACAUAUACCGGAAUUAAUCAAAAAUAGUUACUACUUACGAUAGAAAGACAAACGCCUCACAUUAAAACAAGCUAAAUGAAUAUAUAUACAUAUAACUAUAGGUUAUGACAACUGAUAACAAAAGCGUAAAGAAACAUUAAAAAGACAUUUCAAAACUGGUUUUAU